AUGGCCACCGUUCCGUGCAUCAUGCCCAACAACAGCCGCGACGGUUUCCGGGGCAUGCAGGCCAUUGUCGGGCAAAGCUGCCGUGUGACGUUCACGGACGAUGGCCAGUGGCUGGUGACUGGGGACCAGCAGUGGUUCAUCUUCUUACUGGAUUCGAUUUCGGGCGGUUUUCGUGGUGCUCAAGAAAUUGCCAGCUUCGAAAAUGGACGAUUCCAUGUGAAGCAAACCUUCCAGUCUUUGCCACUAGGCUCAAUGUUCCAGAUGUGGCCGCAGAUGACGAUCCGACAAAUUUGCUGGACGACGAAAGAUGCCCUGCCGCCAAUGACCGACACAGGCUCCCCAGCCUUGCAAGAAAGCACCUCCCGACUGAAGCCGUUGCGGACGCCCAAACAAGUGGAGCUGCCGCCAAUGACCGACACAGGCUUCCCAGCCUUGCAUGAGAGCACCUCCCGACUGAAGCCGUUGCGGACGCCCAAACAAGUGGAUGAUUUGGAUAUACAGGCAGCCGAGCGGUUGCUUCAAAAGUGGACCGGCAACAACAGUCUCUUUGCAGCCAUGAAGCUGUGGAAUGCGGUCCGCAAGCCCAGAGGAAGCUGUGCUCUGCAAGAAUGUCUCCAUAAAGAUGCUAAUCACGCCGAGAGCCUCGCGCAAGCCUUACUGUUCCACGCUCGACAUCUUGACGUCCCACUGGCCGACAUUGCCCAGGACCAGCAUGGAAAUUUUUGCCUACAGCUGGUCCUGUGUCUGACGGGAAGCGAGACCACCGGCAAGCUCUUCGACGCCUUGUUGCCCCAAGCCAUCAGCCUGGCCAAAGACAGUCGCGGAUGUCGCGUUUUACAACGCGCCGUGUGCGGAAACAAUUGUGCAACCAGUCAAGCCGAAUUGGGCAGCACCUUCUUGAAGCACGACAUCAACACGCUCUUGAAAGACCGCUAUGCGAAUUUCGUGGUGCAAACCUUGGUCCUCGCCCUGGACGACCUGAGCUUGCUGCGCGUCUUGCUACUGGAGAUCCUGACUGAUUCGAUGCUGGCCUGGAUGCUGGGAAUCUGGCAAACUGGCGGCAAAGCCAACAAAGCAGACAGAAAGCUGUACUUGCACGCAUGGCUGCUGCUGCGACAUGUUGCCGAGUCUGGAGGCCAAAGUGCAGGCUGCGUCCUGGAAAUUUUGAACGAUUCCGAAGUGUUUGCCAACGGUGCAAACUCGAACUUCAAGACAGCAUUGACGGCUAAAGAGCGCACAUGA